AUGGGUGCUAAUGCAUCUAACUACCCACACUCGUGUUCCCCAAGGGUAGGGGGAAAUUCGCAGGCACAACAGACAUUCAUAGGGACAUCAUCCUAUUCUCAUCAAGGUUAUGGCUGCGAAUCAAAGCUGUAUAGCCUUGACCAUGGCCAUGAGAAACCUCAAGACAAGAAAAAGAAAACCUCUGGCCUUGCCACCCUCAAGAAGAAAUUCAUCAAGCGCCGGAAGUCGAGCCGCUCUGCUGACCAUGCCAAGCAGAUGCGGGAACUCCUCUCAGGCUGGGACGUCAGAGACGUUAAUGCGUUAGUAGAAGAAUACGAAGGGACGUCAGCCUUAAAGGAACUUUAUCUACAAGCUAAUUUGGCAAGACCAGAAGCCAGGACGCUACAAAAAGACAUGGCUGAACUUUACCAGUACAAAUAUUGUACUGAUGUAGACUUAAUAUUUCAAGAAACCUGUUUCCCUGUGCAUCGUGCGAUACUGGCGGCAAGAUGCCCGUUUUUUAAGACGCUGCUUUCUUCCUCGCCGGAAUAUGGGGCAGAAAUAAUAAUGGAUAUUAACACAGCUGGCAUAGAUAUGCCUAUGUUUUCUGCUUUGUUACACUACCUUUAUACAGGAGAGUUUGGAAUGGAGGAUUCAAGAUUCCAAAAUGUUGAUAUCCUUGUGCAGCUUAGCGAAGAGUUUGGAACACCAAAUUCCUUAGAUGUUGACAUGCGUGCACUGUUUGAUUACAUGUGCUACUAUGAUGUGGUUCUUAGCUUUUCAUCCAACUCAGACUUAGUUGAAACUUUUGGUGGAAGUCAGAGCUGUCUAGAAGAAGAGCUCAGAGCUCACAAAGCUAUUAUUUCAUCACGAUCUCCAUUUUUUCGUCACUUGCUGCAGAGGAGGAUACGAACUGGUGAAGAAAUCACAGAUCGAACUCUACGAACUCCAACUAGAAUUAUAUUGGAUGAAUCUAUCAUACCAAAAAAAUAUGCUAAGGUCAUUUUGAACUGUAUGUAUACAGACGUGGUGGACCUCUCAGUUUUGCACUCUAGCCCUUCAGUGGGCAGUUUAAGUGAAGUUCAGGCUCUUGUAGCAGGAAAACUAAACAUGACUAGGGCUGAAGAAGCUAUGGAGCUUUAUCACAUAGCACUGUUCCUGGAGUUUAACAUGCUUGCACAAGGCUGUGAAGAUAUUAUUGCUGAGAGCAUCUCACUGGACACCUUAAUUGCCAUUCUGAAGUGGAGCUCUCAGCCGUACGGUUCCAAGUGGGUACAUCGUCAAGCACUACAUUUCCUCUGUGAGGAGUUUACCCAGGUCAUGACUUCAGAUGUCUUCUAUGAGCUCAACAAGGACCACCUGCUCACAGCUAUUCAGUCUGACUAUUUACAGGCAAGUGAACAAGAUAUUCUUAAGUAUCUGAUUAAAUGGGGAGAACACCAGCUGAUGAAAAGAAUAGCAGAUCGAGAGCCUAAUUUACUCAGUGGUACUGCUCACAGUGUGAACAAAAGAGGGGUGAAGAGAAGAGAUCUUGACAUUGAGGAGCUGAGAGAGAUCCUGUCUCCACUUUUACCUUUUGUCCGCAUUGAGCACAUCUUACCCAUGAACAGUGAAGUACUGAGUGAUGCAAUGAAGAGAGGCCUUAUUAGUACUCCUCCUUCAGACAUGCUACCAACAUCAGAAGGUGGAAAAUCAAAUGCCUGGCUACGGCAAAAAAAUGCUGGAAUAUAUGUGCGGCCAAGACUGUUCUCACCGUAUGUGGAGGAGGCUAAGUCCGUGCUGGAUGAGAUGAUGGUGGAGCAGACUGAUCUCGUGCGUUUGCGGAUGGUGCGGAUGUCCAACGUCCCCGACACCCUCUACAUGGUAAACAACGCGGUGCCGCAGUGCUGUCACAUGAUUACCCACCAGCAAGUCAGCACGAACCAGUCCAGCCCUCCCUCCGUCAUAGCCAACGAGAUCCCAGUUCCCAGCCUCCUGGUUGUCAGGGAGAUGGUCAGGCGGCUGCAGGAGCUGCGGCACACGGAGCAGGUGCAGCGGGCGUACGCACUCAACUGCGGGGAGGGCGCCACCGUCAGCUACGAGAUCCAGAUCCGCGUCCUGCGGGAGUUCGGCCUCUCCGACGCUGCUGCCGAGCUUCUCCAGAAUCCUCACAAGUUCUUUCCGGAUGAGCGAUUUGGGGACGAGAGCCCACUCCUGACAAUGAGGCAGUCUGGGCGAUGCCGCGUUAACAGCACUCCCACUGCAGAAACCAUGUUUACAGAACUGGACUCUUUUGUGGCCUUCCAUCCACCAUUGCCCCCUCCUCCACCUCCAUACCACCCACCAGCAACUCCGAUUCAUAACCAGUUCAAAGUGGGCUGGAAACAAAGGGUGCCAAACCAACAUCCAUCCCGCUCCUUCUCUUACCCGUGCAACCACGCGCUGUUCCACUCCCGAGCCGCUCCCAAGGCUGUGCCGCCCGGCUACUUGCCUGCUGUUAAGGCAGCACCUCCUGAUUGCACUAACACUACAGCUCUGGGGAGGCAAACGGUGGCUGCCGCAGCAGCAGUGAUGGCAGCUGAGAAGCAAGUAUGUACUCAGCCCUUGCUAAAUGAACUGAUGCCAGAUAUUGCAAUGGGUGUGUCAGCAAUGUCUUUAAAAGACAGAAGAUUACCAGAGCUCACGGUUGACACAGAAUUAAGCCAGACGGUUGCAGAAGUAGGGCCUGGUCCACCCCAGCACAUUUCAUGUAUUCAGAACAGACACAUGCCCACUUCUCGAAAGAAACAUGCAAUAGAGCAAAAAAUAGAUGCUCGAGAAAAUCAACAGGAAUAUCCUGACUUCUAUGACUUCUCUAAUGCUGCAUGCAGACCUUCUACUCCGGCACCUAACAGGCACAGUCCUUCGCCUUCCCAAGGCAUAUAUUUUGGCCCAGAUUUGUAUAGCCACAAUAAGGCAUCACCAAGUGGCUUAAAGUCGGCCUAUCUACCUUCCCAGGUGUCUCCUAAAAAGCCGGAAGAUUCUAGGAGGGAAUACCUGCUCUCCCAAGAUGGGCAUCAACACAGACAAAAAAAUGAGCCAAUACACCUCGAUGUCUUAGAGCAACCUCCCCAGCGACUGGACCUGGCGUUGGCUACCCAGGAACACGCCGGUCACGGCCCGGUCCCCAUCAGGGGGAGAGCCAAAAUGGAGGCGGAUCUGACGUGCGGGCUGAGCUCCGGCAGAGCCCCGCUCCCCGCGCACGGCCCGGAGGCCCAGGAGGAGAGGCCCGGGAG